UUUUACCACGCAAGUCAUUUUUCAUCCCCAUCCUUCUUGGUCGCCGCUAGGUUUGCCCUCUGUGUUCUCCAGUAUCCUCUUGUCUCAGGGCCACACCACGCCCUACAGCUUCUAUUCGUUGCAGGGCUACUCUACCCUGCCCCCUAAGUGGCUACAUCCCGUCCUAUAUCGACUACAUGCUGCCUCCUAGUUUCAAGUCACCGUCUUCCAUGACUUCUGUGAAACCACGGGGCGGCCUGUUCCCGAGUUUGCUAUGUUGCGACUUCCGCGUGUCUGCGCCAAGCGCUCAGGCUGGACCUUAUCCAUCUCAUAUGCUCUCAUCCCCAAGUACAUCAUUCAUUGGGCGUUUGUGCACACCUAUCGAGGAAGAGGAAGAUGAAGAAUUGACUCCCGUGGAGCCACAGGGUGGCCUUCUCCUGGGCUGCGACAUCAGCGCGCGUGUGCCAAGCACUCCGGUCGGACCAUAUCCACCUCGUACACCCUCAUCCCCGAGCACAUCAUUCAUCAGGAGUUUGUGUACACUUACCGAAGAGGAAGAUGAAGAAGAUGAAGAAUUGACUUCCGUGGAGCCACAGGGUGGCCUUUUCCCGCGCUGCGACACCAGCGCGUCUGUGUCAAGCGCUCAGGCCGGACCCUGCCCAUCUCGUACACCCUCAUCCCCUAGCACAUCAUUCAUCAGGCGUUUGUGCACACUUAUCGAGGAGGGAGAAGAAGAAUGAGCGUUGAGAAGCAGUUGAAGAAUCGGAAGAUGGUGUGGUGAAGAUGAGAUCUUGAUGCGCAUGAAUUAUGUACAUUAUCCAUUCCUUAAGCUAAGACUGGUCCGAGUAACACAUACGUAUAUACUGU